AAGAAAGCAACUUGAACAACAUCAGAUGAUACGUUGGCGGUCCCUUUUACCUCUUUUACGAGAGCAUCAUGGUAUAUUCAAAAAACAUGUACGCCAGUUAAGUCUCCUAGAACACCAUUCACACCAUCUUCUGAAAGGUUUCAAUAUUCCUGUUCCCAAUGGGUUUGUAGUUAAGAGUCCCGAGGCAGCUUGGGAUGUCGUAUACAAUAUCGAUGCGCCAUCAGUUUUGAAGGCUCAAAUCCUCGCGGGCGGGCGUGGUAAGGGCAAGUUCAACAGCGAUGGUAAAAGUGGCGUUCGCAUUGUCAACUCACCGGAUGAAGCUUUUAAAAACGCUUCUCAAAUGCUCGGUUCUUAUCUCGUCACGAGCCAAACUCCGCCCAGUGGUCUUCCAGUGAAUAAACUAUACAUCUACAAAUCUGUUGAUAUUGCUAAGGAAUUCUACCUGGCUAUUACCUUUGAUCGCGAAAGGUACAUGCCUGUGCUCCUGAUGUCUGAUCAGGGGGGUGUCAAUAUCGAGUCAAACGUGAAUCAACUCCAGCGGUUUUGGUUUCAUCUCUCUACUGGACUCACCCCUGAGAUUAUGGCCUAUAUCGAAGCACAGUUUGGGUUUUCUGACAACGAAAUGCGGGUGGUCUCACAUAUAUUGUAUCAACUAGUAAAAUUGUUCCGGGACAAAGAUGCUACUCUCCUCGAGCUGAAUCCUCUUGUGCGCACAACGGAAGGGUCCUUUAUCUGUCUAGAUGCAAAAUUGAACUUUGAUGAAUCGGCAAAGUUUCGACAGACCGACUUGUUUAGACUCGAGGAACAUUUGCCGGAGGAGAAAGAUGAGUAUGAAGCUUCACAGCUGGGUCUUUCCUACAUUCGUCUGGACGGUAAUAUUGGUGUUAUUGUGAACGGUGCUGGUUUGGCCAUGGCAACUAAUGACUUGGUCACUUCGUACGGCGGGAAAUGUGCGAACUUCUUGGAUAUUGGUGGUGGUGCAACCAAGAAGACAUUAUCAAAGGCAUUUUCGAUUCUACAAGGCAAUUCCCACGUAAAAGGGCUACUCAUAAAUAUAUACGGCGGAAUUGUUCGCUGUGAUAUGAUUGCCGAUUCGAUACUUGCUGCUUCUGCUGCAACGGGAGGGUUCAAUAUUCCAGUCGUGAUUCGCCUACAGGGUACAAACUGCGAAAAGGGCUCCAAAUUGAUUCGAAAAUCUGGCCUGGAUAAUGUAUUAUUGGAAGCCGAUUUCGAGGAAGCUGCUAAAAAGAUCGUCAAGCUUACAAGUAAUUAAGGGAUGUGUAUUGGAUGUUAAAAAGUCUUUAGGAAAUAUCUCACUAGGGUUACCGGAUUUGGCGCCGGUGUGAGAAUCUACACAAUAUUUCCCCAUUUUGCAAUCCUUGGCCCUUGGUUUAUUUUAGUAAGUCUCCUACUUGCAAG